AUGUCGCCAACUGAUUCGUCACGUGAGGACAAUGUGUACAUGGCCAAGUUGGCCGAACAGGCUGAACGCUAUGAGGAAAUGGUUGAAUUUAUGGAAAAAGUUGCAAAGACCGUUGAUGUCGAGGAACUAACUGUGGAGGAAAGAAACCUCCUUUCUGUGGCCUAUAAGAAUGUGAUUGGGGCUAGGAGAGCUUCAUGGAGAAUCAUUUCUUCCAUUGAGCAGAAGGAGGAAAGCAGGGGCAAUGAGGAUCAUGUUGCAAUUAUCAAGGAAUAUAGGAGCAAGAUCGAGACCGAGUUGAGCAAGAUCUGUGAUGGUAUCUUGAAUCUUCUUGAGUCACACCUCAUUCCAUCUGCCUCAUCUGCUGAAUCCAAGGUCUUCUAUUUGAAGAUGAAAGGUGAUUACCACAGGUACCUUGCUGAAUUUAAGACUGGAGGCGAGAGAAAGGAAGCAGCUGAGAGCACCCUGUUGGCUUACAAGUCUGCUCAGGACAUUGCCCUUGCUGAGCUGGCUCCAACCCACCCAAUAAGGCUUGGGCUUGCACUUAACUUCUCAGUCUUUUACUAUGAAAUCCUUAACUCACCAGACCGUGCGUGCAAUCUGGCAAAACAGGCUUUUGAUGAGGCUAUUUCCGAGCUUGACACAUUGGGUGAGGAAUCAUACAAGGACAGUACUUUGAUCAUGCAACUUCUCCGAGACAAUCUGACACUCUGGACUUCCGAUAUCACGGAUGAUGCCGGGGAUGAAAUCAAGGAAGCAUCAAAGCGUGAAUCAGCUGAAGCUCAGCAGUAA